AUGGUGGUGUUGACGUCCUUUAUCGCCGAUGGCAAUUACCAAGUGACUAUUAUGACCAAGGCUAAACUUUCCUAUAAUGGAACUGUCGAAUGGGCUCCUCCGGCCAUUUAUAAGAGCAUGUGUCAAAUAGACGUCGAGUUCUUCCCUUUCGAUCGGCAGCAAUGCGAGAUGAAGUUUGGCUCUUGGACGUAUGGUGGCCUCGAGGUAGAUUUGAUUCAUAAGGACGAACAUCUCCAAGAGGAGAUGAUUGAGAUUGUCGAAGGAGUCGACGGGCCAAUGGAAGAGUCUGUCUGGAUAGUCGACGAAGGUAACUUCCUGUUUUAA